UUGAGGUUGAGAGAGGGGAAGGAGAAGAGAUGGGUGCUCUGAGGAAUGCACCAAGGUGCUCAUCCAUGAAGAAAGAACCGGCCACCUUGAAGCAGUUGUUUGACAUGGAUGCUAAGCUGCAUGCCAUCUCUAGCUCCACCCUCUUACUUCCCUCUUCUGAGACUGAAACUGAUCAGCUUAUCUCAAUGAUCUCAUAUUGUACUUAUGUUUUCACCUUCACAGAUCCUUUGGAAUCCCCUUUGCAACAUGAGCUGAAGCGCCACAAGCUCCUCCACAUCCUCUCCGCUGUCCGGUCUCCAAAAGAGGGCCUCCUCAAUAAUGACCGCUUCCUCUCCUCCCUUGUUGCCAUGCUCGCAGUUAACCUCUUCCGCUCAAUCCCCCCUCCCGUCAACCCUUGCUUCCCUCCUGACACCCUUGAUGAAGAAAGCCCUGCCAUUGCCUUCACUCCUUCAUGGCCUCAUCUUCAUAUUGUUUAUGACAUACUUGCUACCCUAGUCUCUUCUGCUGACGCGGAGGUCCUUCAAUCACAAAUCAAUCAAUGCUUCCUCUCCAGCCUCAUCUCUCUUUUCCAUUCUGAAGAUCUCCGGGAGCGUGACCGACUCAAGAAUGUGUACCACCAGAUGUACUCAAAGCUCACCUCAAACAGAGCCUUCAUGAGGAAGUCCAUGAAGAAUGUGUUCCUUCAAUUUGUUUGUGAUGCAGAGCGGCAUUGCGGGAUUGGGGAGCUGCUGGAGAUAUGGGGGAGUAUCAUCAAUGGGUUCACUGUGCCAUUGAAAGAGGAGCACAAGCAGUUCCUUGUGAAUGUUUUGUUGCCUCUGCACAAGCAUAAGGCGAUGACUGCAUACCAUCAGCAGUUGUCUUACUGCAUAUCACAGUUCCUUCAGAAGGGGGCAGAGCUCACCGGAGUUGUGGUGAGGAGGAUAUUGAGGUACUGGCCUGUCACCAACUGCCACAAGGAGUUGGUGCUGAUUUCAGAGAUUGAAGAAUUGGUGCUGAGUGUUGAGCUGGAGCAGCUGGAUGAGGUUGCUGUGUCACUUUGCUCCCAGAUUGCCAAGUGUUUAAACAGCACAAACUCUCAAGUGGCAGAGAAAGCACUCUACUUGUGGAACAAUGAGCAGUUUGUGAAGAUGGCAAUGCAGUCUAAAGAAGGUGUUUUUCCGGCAGUUGUGGAAAGUCUGGAGAAUAACAUUAACUACCAUUGGAACAAAUCGGUCCAGGACCUGACGAUAAGUGUGAAAAAGAUGAUCGAGGAGUUGGAACCGAGACUAUACACAAAGUGCCUCUUGGACCUCAAGCACCAGAAAUCAAUCUCUACACAGGAAGAGAAGAAGAGGAAAGAGAGAUGGGAGAGAUUGGAACUAGCUGCAACAAACAACCAUUUGUUUUUGCAGCCAAAUUGUGCAUCAUCUGCAUCUCAUUGAUGGACAAUGAGAGUUACUAACCAUAGAAAUCAUCAUCCAGCAUUUAUUAAAAUAACUCCGUAUGUUGAUAAUCUGUUGAGAGUGAAAGAUUGGUGCAGGAAAAGGUUGGGAUUGAGACUCCUUCCACAUUCGGAGUCUUCUGUAAAGUUUAUGCUUUGUUGCAAUGACCUUGAAGUUAUCGUUCACUAUGUGCAUGAGAGAAUAAAUUGGGUAGGAAUCAGGCCAAUGAGAUCUCUUCUUUUAUAUUCUUGAUGAGAUUGAUGUGAGGAAAGGAUUACUUUCGUUUGUUGUAUUAUUGUUUGUUUGUUUAUUUAUUUGUUGAUGAGUUUGACAUUGAGAGUUAAAUCGGAUGAUUAAAAUUAGAGGUUUCAAUGUUUAAGUUUGACAAGUCAUUAGGUAAAAACUUUUGAUUAAAAGAAGGGAUAAGAUUA